AUGAAGUGCUGGAAGCUCGUGGCUUUCUUGCUUUGCCAGGUCUCCGGCCUGAAGUACGAAGCGGCUCCUGAGUGCAGCGGCGAUGUCACCGGUGCCAAGAUCUUCGAAUGCGACGAGCAGGCAGCAGAUGCCGACUGCGCGAAGAAGUAUACCGUCGCAGGGGGUGAUGUUCACAUUCAGUGUGCCAUCUCGGGCCCCAAUUGCCUGGCAGUUGGCCCAUUCUGCAAAAAGACCUCCGCUGCCUCCAUGACCUGUUCAGGCUUGUCAGACUGCGAGAGCAAGGGCUGGAAGAAGACUUGGACUAGCGGGACUGCAACAAAGUACUCGGUGGCUUUGGGCACCCAUGUGCUGCUGGGCUACGUGAAGGAGAACGGGGAGAUGUCCCACGCCUGGUAUUUCAAGACCCCGGACAGUUGGAAGACCACCCAUCCCUACAACCUCCAACACCAAGGCGAUAUCAUCGAAGCUAUCCGUGCUUCUGAUGGUACCAAGUACGAGGGUGAGCUGGUUUCCGACUAUUCCAACUAUGGCGGAGGCUGUGAGUGUGGAAAAGGCUCCGGCCAUUGGGGUCGAAUUUGCCUCCGCAGCAAGACACCUCCGGGUGGCGGUUGGAAGUGCCACGGCAAGGGUGGUGCUGUGCCGAAGGAAAUCGAUUUCCCAUACAUCCGGGGAUAUGGCCGGGGCAACGGAUGUGGCAGCUCGAGUUUGAGCUUCUACAAUUGGAAUUCGGGCCCCAAGUUCUGCGGCGACUACAAAGUCGUGAUCAUGACCAACUAA